GAGGGGCGGGGCUUGGGCUACGCCACAAUGGCGGCGUUGAGCAGCGUCGGUUAGGUUGGGCGCCCGUCGCCUGGGGGCGUUGCAGCGCUUGAGAGCAAGAGGUCCCACCCUCUGUCUCUCUCUGGAAGCUGUUUUCGCGCGCAAAGUUAAUCUAAAGAGAGCAUGAGGGUUUCCGUUGGCGCCCUAAGCUUCUAGUUCUUUCUUUAGGCCUCAGGACUCCUUUCCACCUUCCGCCUUUCCUCUUCCUGAGAUUUCGCCUUAUCCCUGACCCUCAGUUCUCAACGUUUAAGUCAUAACGGCUGAAGGAAAAAGGAGCUGUUUGAAGAAAAUUUUUAAGAAAAUAAGAAAAAGCAAGAAUUCUUAAGAGUUUCUUAACUUUUAUCAGUGGGCCAGGUGAAUUCAAGAUUUAAAACUUUAUAAAAAGAAAUUAUCCAGUACUUACAUCUACCUAACUGGAAGUUUUAUUAACUGAAGCACAACCCUUCAGUUAUUUUCAAAGAGAUUCAAGCUCAACCUACUACCUAUACUUUAGACCCAGGAUAGAAUCUACUAGAAUUCAAAGAAAACAGUGCAAUUAAGAUAUCCUGAGUGGUUCAUGAGUUUAUUCUGUGGUAAGAUGAAAAUUCCUAUCAUUGCUGAAGGAUCCACUGAGUCGUCAUAUUAACUCAACUGUAUUACAUUCUUGAGAAUAAUCUUGCAAUUUGGACUACUGACUUCACGAUGUCUGAAAUCAGAUUCAGCAGUCUCACUUGGGAUCAGAUUAAAACACUGGACCAAGUAUUAGAUGGAGUAACUCCAAUUCAUGGAAGAGGGAAUUUCCCCACACUGGAGGUAAAACCAAAAGAUGUCAUUCAUGUUGUGAAAAACCAACUCAUAGAACAAGGAAUUAUUGUUAAAGAUGCUCGGUUAAAUGGUUCCACCGCAAGUUAUGUACUUGCAAGCCGUAAUGGAAUCAGUUAUAAGGAUCUGGACAUUAUUUUUGGUGUUGAACUUCCAAGUGAUCAAGAAUUUCAGCUUGUUAAGGAUACAGUACUAGGCUGUCUACUUGAUUUUUUACCAAAAGGUGUCAAAAAGGAAAAGAUCACCCCAAAUACCAUGAAAGAUGCUUAUGUGCAGAAAAUGGUCAAAGUUUGCAAUCAGCAUGAUCGUUGGAGUCUCAUCUCUCUCUCUAAUAACACUGGUAAGAAUGUAGAGCUAAAAUUUGUGAAUUCACUCAGACGACAAUUUGAAUUUAGUGUUGAUUCCUUUCAAAUAGUUUUGGAUCCCAUGUUAGAUUUCUAUUAUGACAAAAAUGCUAAGCUCACCAAAGAAUCCUUUCCAACUGUGGUGGCUGAAAGCAUGUAUGGAAACUUCCAAGAAGCAAUGACACAUUUGCAAUACAAGCUUAUAUCUACCAGAAAGCCUGAAGAGAUUAGAGGUGGUGGCCUUCUGAAGUAUAGUAACUUACUAGUUCGUGAUUUCAAGCCAGCAUGUCAAGCAGAAAUCAAGACCCUGGAACGUUAUAUGUGUUCCAGAUUCUUCAUUGAUUUUCCUGAUGUAGUCGAACAACAAAAGAAAAUUGAAUCGUACCUCCGCAACCACUUCAUAGGUGAAGAAAAAAGCAAGUAUGACUACCUUAUGACCUUGCGUGGAGUUGUGAAUGAAAGCACUGUUUGCCUCAUGGGACAUGAAAGAAGACAGACACUCAAUAUGAUCACCCUUAUGGCUUUAAGAGUACUUGGAGAACAAAAUAUUUUACCCAGUACAGACAAUGUAACUUGUUUUUAUCAGCCUGCUCCAUACUUUAAUGUUGAAGGAGGAGGAUACCAUACUAAUUAUGUAACAUCUGGUCCACCACCCAUUUUCUUUCAGCCAUACUAUCCACUGCAAUUCCAUAUGCCCAAUAGUAUGGUUUAAGAAAUACAAAUACAAUAGAAACUUUGCUUUAAUUAAACACCUCUUAAAAGCAAGUUUCCUAAUUCUAUAAAAUUGAAGAUCUAUUUUUAUGUACAAUUACCAACUAUUUUCCAUCAAUUAGAGCUUAAGCCAUCAUAGUAAAUAUAAUCUGUGAACUGACCAGUUUAAUUGAUUUAAAAAUGUUACUGACUAGCUAUAAUAACUUUCAGAUGUGGACCAGUUGAAAUGAUUUUCAAAUAUUGCUGACUACUUGUGACUUUUGGAUUUGCUGUGACAAAUGUAUUAGAGAUCUCUACAUAUUUGACUAAAAUACGGAACAACAGACUGAUAUUAUAAAGUCUAGUGAUACAGUGAAAACAAGUGCCAAAAUUUUUAUAGUAAGCCAACUCCUUUGUUAUGUUCACUUCAUUUUUUUAUAGUGAAUAUGCCAUCAAUUAUUUUUUUAGUACUUACCAGAAAUGCCUAAUUUUAAACAAAACAGAUUCAGAAGGCAUUAAAACCUUGGGCAUGGAAGCACUUACUUUUUCCCAAAUAAGUUGCUUUGGAUACAAACUUGUGAUGUAGUUUAAAGAAACUAUAGAAAAAAUGGUUUUGGAAAACACUGGAUAUUAGUAUUUUAUAAUCUUUAAAUAAUUUAUUUAGUUAAUUUGUAGAUCUGAAAAAUACCACUCAGCCACUCAGCUGUACAACCAAUACUGUGACCAGUUAUGCACUUUUUUUUUCUCAUCCCCCACAAUAAGUUGGAAAGAGUGAAAAUGACCAUCUCUGAAUACUAAAGCUUUGUAUCGUAAUCUGUUUAAAAUAGACUAACAGGAAAACACAGGCAUAAGUUUUUAGCCAUGGCAUUUACCAUUUUUAUGACAUAUUAGACCAACACCUUAAUGUUUGGAAACAUUCAGUUUUAACAAUUGAAAUAUGCUCAUUAACAGUAAAUCAAGUGUUGUUUUUCCAUUUUUGCCUUUACCAAAGAUCAGUUCAUAACAUGCCACUCAAGUGCCUCCUCACACAAGCUUUUGUUUAAUUUACUCAUCAAUUGAAUACAUUCACCAUGUAUCCGAAUAUCUACUCAUUCCAACAAAUAUGCUGCUAGUAAAUCUACAAGUGGGAUUACACAUGUGUUUUUUUCACAUAAUUUAAGUCCACGGCCAAUAAUAUCUAGGAUGACUGGUUUUUAAAUUCAUAUUUUUGAUGGAAAUUCAUUUUUGUUGACCAUCAAAUAUUUUUUGUGUUACAAGGUGGACUGAGAGUCAUGAGAAUUUGUCACUUAUAGACUGUGUUUAACCUGUCUUCUCUAUAUUAUAAUAUUGGAUUCAAAAUGUGUACCAAAUAUGACAUUUUCAAAUAACCAAUAUUUUUGAAAUGUUUUCUACCAUACCACCACUAUAUUUUUAAAGAAUUGUGUGUAUAUCACAGAACCCCAAGUCUUUAAAAUAUAUGAAUCCAUCCCCUUCUUUGGGACCAAUAAAGAAUUUAUAAACACUAUGUUGAUAGAAAAUGAUUAAUCUGUCUAUAUAUUAUAUUGGCUAAAGAUGCGUGAUCAUUCUGUCUGCCUUAAUUACUUCUCAUUUAGUAGAAAUCCUCAUGACAUAAAACUAAAAGUAUUCCUAAGAACCAAAAAAGUUCCAAAAUAUAUUAGAAAAAUAUUUAGGAAUAAAAGGACCAUUUCAGUGUCAUGGACAGUGAUUCAGUGUUUUCCAGAAUGGCUUUUUACACUGGAAGGCAGAAUUCUGAAGCUAUUUGGAGACAUCUUACUCCCAUGUGCUCCCAAGUUUCCUUUGGUUUAUUGGGAAUCCAAAUUCCUUCCCUAACAAAAGCAAAUUAGCUAUAGUAUUUUCCCAAAUGUUUAAGUCAUGAUGGAAUGAUGCCUGAAGCUACAUGCUUUCUCUAAACAUUUCAAGCAUGUGUUCCCCUUGUUGCAAAAAAGUUCAGAAUUGACAUCAAAGAUUUUCUCAAAAGAAAAUCCAAACCCUUGAAAGGGGAUAAUAUCACUGACGGGAAAGCUAUAACUUGAUUUAUCAUGACCUUCUUUCUAUAGAUACCAUCAUCAAACUAGACCUCCUUUACUCCCAACCAACUAUAAAAAUAUUUGUCUUCAUGAGUGCAUAAAUAUCUCUCUAAAAUUACAGUAGCUACCUUGAGAAGCAAUAUUGUCUCAUUCUGUUUAUUAGGAUAACCAAUGGGAACAUUUUUCUAUAAAUUAAUGUUAAACUCUUAACCUAAAGGAGUUAAUAUAAAUUUUUAAAGAAACUACUCCAGAGAAUAUGUCAUCACAUUUCCAGAGAAAAACAGUGUUAAACUUGAAUAUUUUAAUCUAUGACAAUUUAAUUUUGUAUAAAUCCAAGACCAAGUUUUGGUUUAGGAAUUAUUUCCCUCAGAAACCUAAAAAAUUGCAAAAGAAAAAAAUUGAUACAGUUCUGACUUUCCUAUCAAUAUGAAAAACUUGGUAUCAGCUCAUAUUAUUUUAAAUCAGAACAUUCUUGUAUUUCACAAAAUCCAUGUACUAUUAACAAAGUUAUAGUAAGCUAUAUUUUAAAUUCAAAGCUAUUUUAAUUAUGGCUGAUGUCUAAUUAGUCAAGGAAGAUUGAAAAAUGGUGAGUACUUGCUUUAAUUCAGAGAUAACCUACAAAACAGAAGAGAAAAUAAUGAGAGCUACCACAGCUGUGAAAUACCUCCCAGAUUUUUUUUUGUGGAAGUGCCCUGUGCCCAAAUUCCAUGUUCUUGAAUCAGCAAGAUUCUAUUAAAAUGUAUCCAAAUUAAAGAGUUUUAAAAAUUGAUUUAUAAAACUACAUUUUAGUGUUAGGCAUUGAUAAAGACAGUAUGAAAGAUACUUCAGUUACACUUAAAAACUUCUCUUUCAGUGGCUCUAUUAUGUAGAGUAAUCAUUCACUAAAAUAUGUGAAAUUUGACUGUAAUUGAGAAAAGUACUGACAUUUUAAAAUUUGUAAUAUUUUUUUAAAUAAGAAAAUAGGUUCGUUCAUAUAGAAUUUCUUAAUAAAAUAAGGAACUUUAAAAAUUAAUAUUAAAAAUGAUUGGGAGAUACGUAGGACAGUGAUUUGAUAACCAUUUUCAGGAAAUCCAUUUGACAAGACAUAAAACUGCACAUUUAGCCUAAUUAAGGAUUCCUUUGGUUUACCAUUAUAAAAGAAGGCAUAUUUAAUGUUGUUUUGUUUCCAGUUGUGCUGUGUUUUGUUUGGUUAUGUUCUGUAUGCAUUCCUAUAAUUUAUGUAUAAGUAUUGAAAAUUGUAUUACUCAUCCACUGCUCUCUUUUAUGAACUUUUCAUCAGCAUGUGUAACUGGAGGUAACUAAUAUGUUACAGUGUUGAUAUAUUGCUCUUAAGUGAGUAUUUUUAAAGGAAAGUUAUCCUUGAAUUUUUUAAAAAGAUUUUGUAUUUAUUUAUUUGAGAGGUAGAGUUACAGACAGUGAGAGGGAAAGACAGAAAGAAAGGUCUUCCUUCCACUGGUUCACCCCUGAGAUGACUGCAAUGGCCAGAGCUGCUUUCCCAGGCGAUUAGUAGAGCGCUUGAUUGGAGAAGGGCAGCUGGGACUAGAACCAGCGCCUAUAUGGGAUGCCGACGCCACAGGUGGAGGAUUAACCUAUUGUGCCACACUGCCAUCCCUAUCCUUAAAAUUUUGAAUAUGGGCAAAAACACAAUUUGAAUUAUAUGCUAUUUGGAAACCAGUUUAAAGUGAAACUGGUGACCUUUGAGUUUAACAUGUUACUCUUUUUGUUUUGCUUUGCUUUGUUAUGGAAGAACAUGAAAUUAUUCUUCACAAAAUUCUUGUGUUUCAAGUAACACUUUGUGAAUUGUGCCAGUGUUUGAAAGAACAACAGUCUUUUCUGUUAGAUGUAGCCCUUGAAGAGUAACAAGUGCUUAAUAGAUGGGUUAAUUGUGUAUUUUAUGACCUUUGAAAAAACAAACCUUCCUAUCCUAGAAAAGAGUGCCAUAUAUAUAGUUAUAACUUUUAGCAUCUCAGAGCCAAAGAAUUAAUUCACGACAUGAUCUUUCUAAAAAAUAAAUGUCUUAAGAAGCCCCUCUUUGCAAAAUUUCUCUUGUAGGGUUCCAAUUCAAAGAUGAUGGAUUAAAUAACCCAAUCCAAAUAAUUUCAUGGUGAUAUGUGACAGUUUACUUGUUUGUACAUUCUAAUCUUGUAACAGAUUUUGAACCAUUCUCUAAAAUGCUAACAAGUAGUCAACUUUAUCUUAUAAAAAGGUAUGCUGCAUUUAUCCUUGGUCCUUUGGCUCAACCAGAGAAUCCAGAAUCCCGAGAUUGAAUUCUGGUUUUAGCGUUGAUAUAGCCCCAGAGAUACCAAUGGGGGAUAUUAGUCUCCAUGGAAAUGACAGUUGAGAGUGAUGUGAGUGUUCAUACUAAUAUUCUGUUCAGCAAUGUCCUUUUCAUUACUGAAGGACAACAUGAACAAAACUUUUCUCUAUAUAAUGUGGCUUUAAAUUUUCUGAGAAAAAAUAUUUUGUAGUAUUUUUUACCUUUAAAUUAGAGUUAAAAACAGAAUUCCUUUAUAUUUGUAGUAGCUGCAUUCAAAAAAUUUCUUUAAAGAGGUACUAGAUAGCCAUUGAUAUCUACAUUUUAUACUUUAAAAGUUUUUUUGCAAAUGUUCACCUCCCUCCAGCAAAAUUGAAAGGUAGUGCAAGCAUAUUAGAAGAUACUUGAACAAAGAGGAUGGUGAAUAAUUUUCUUUAAUCCUUACAUGCAACUUCCUUGAACAAAAGCAUUUCCAUAUAGAUUGUUUUCUUUAUAGUGUUGAGACUUGUGUAGGGUAACUUUGGGACCCUAAGGAUAAAAUGCCUUCAAAAACCUAUGGUUGCUCAGGAAGUGAACUUCAAGUAACUAUUUUCAAAUAACUCUUACACCUCCAGAUUUACUAUCAGGUAAAAUGCUUUCAAAUAAUAUUUGUAGGUAAAAAACAUGAAUUAUGAUAGUUUUAAGAUUAAGAUUUGACUUUUAAAAGAAUCUAAAUGUAUCUUCAAGUUCUGGGUAAGUAAUAUAUGUACCAAAAUAAGAACCAUGCCAGGGAAGUUACAUGAUUUAAAAUUAUAGAGGAAUAUAUUUAAUACAUUGUAAAUAAACUUAAAUCAAAGUCAGUGCCUGUUUACUUAGUACCUAUUUCUUGGUCAUCCUAGCAGUUUUCAAAAAAGGAGCAUGAAAUACAUUUUCCUGAAGAGCAAGCUUUUAAUUCUUCAUAAUUUCCUUCCACCUUUUCCUUGCUUAAUAAAAGGAUACCACUGAGUGCUCAAAGUGACAAUAUGCAGAAAAUGAAGUCUUGGGAGCAAUUUACUACAGUCUAUAUUACCAACAAGCAAGACUCUAUGUGUACAUUGUACAGAAUCCAGUUUCAGUAGCUCUGAUGAUUCAAGAUUUCUCUUAAGAGGGAACACUACCAAUAGUUUAAUUUAGGGGCCAUGAUUCUAGAGAUGAGCAUUCACUUUUCUGUUCUUGAAGAACCCUAGAAUUCUCUGUAGCUAAAUGUGAAGGAAUUACUUAAUUGGAUUAACAUAUCAUUUAUAAUUUAGCUUUAUGAAAAUGAAAAUCCUAUAUAGCUCUGAAAACUGCAUUCACUUUAUAUCCAUACAUUGCCUCUACAUUUAAUUGAAAAGUAUAUUUCUCUGGCAGCUUAUGGCCAAUUGCUUAAUCUCAUAUCAUUUCAGUUUGAAUGAAAUAAGUACAAUUUAGUAAAUUUUCCUUUUAGUUUGAAAAGUGUCAGCACUUAGAGAAUUGUUUAAAGUUGUUCUCUGUGUUAAGUGGAUGUCUGAACCAGUAAAACCAAAGUAUUAUCCAGAUAACUUAGACCAGAAACACGUUGAGAAGUAAACAAUAAAAAGUGGACCUAAAUUAUUUAUGGUCCAAAUAAAUGAAUAACUUUUCCAAUAUAAACUAGGCCUACUAUUUGAUAUGAAAAAAUCCUGCAGUAUUGUUUCACUAAUGCAGAAUAAUUAAUUUUACAAAGAAUAAAUUAAAAAUUAGAUCUGACUUCAAAGCUAAGGAAGCAAGUUGGAUUCAUAAAUAUUUAUCUUAAAAAUGUGUUGCAAUUUUCGAUUAAAUCUUGUUUAGCAUUAAAACAUUGGUGAAAGGAAUUAUAGUCACUGAUGGGAAAUAAAAUAGAAAAUCUAAAUGCAGUUGUUCAGAGCCCAGUAAAAUGGCUGACACAAUUUCCUAUACCAUUCCAUCAAGAAGACUUAAAUUUUAACACUAAAGUAACUCAGCAAAAAUAAAUUUAUUUUUUAUAAAGCUUUUAUGUGCCUUUUAGUAUUUUAGUGCAAAAAAUUUAAAGUGUUCUUAAAUUUUCAAGAGUGGGAUGUCUAAGAUGUUUGAAAUGUUCAUAGUUGAAUAAUGCAUGUACUUUUCUUUAGAGUGUAUGUUAAAACAUUUUUUACUAUUGUUCAUUAUAAAAUUAUAGUUGUAUGUAGUAUUUAAAAUUUAUUUUACUGUUAAAAGGUAAUGUUAAUAUGAACAGUGUCAGGGCUUUUUUGUGGAAACUUUUAAAAACUUACUGUACUAUGAUUAUUACUUGUCUAGUAACUAUUUUGUUUCAUUUGCUUUAUUUUGUGCCUUUGUGCACUCUUUGGAAAAAGUACAGACUCUGUUACUAAAUUAAAAUCAGUUUUGAAAUAAAGUCACUGUGAAACAUGCAGCAAUGUAUCAACUGCAAAAUAAGUAAAUGGUUGUUUUUUUUAACACCAUCAAAUUGUUUAUAUUGUGUUCAAAAUUAUACUAGAGAUUUUUACCUUGAAAUUUGUAGAAAAUAUCCAGUGAUUUCACUAGAUAUUGUACAUAGGGAGCAUAUGGCUCUGUGUAAUCUAUCAUUUAUGACAGAUUAAACAACAGAUAAAACUAUCCAACAUAGCCUGAUUAUAUAUAACUGGUUUGUAUUCACUUUUUACUCAAACUUCAUUUGAUUAAACAUUGGUUAUGUUUUAUUCUCUGUCUCAAGAAAGUGGUACCUACAACACGCUGAAUAAGUAUGUAAUUAAUGAAGAAAUAAAAUGGUAGUGUCAUUCAGAAUAAUGGGUCAAAAUGAUAUAACAGGUAUUGAAUCUAAUCAUAAACACAACACAUAUCAGUAUCACAUAUUUAACAGCCUGUAUACUCAAGUGUCAUGCUGACAUCAUAUUUAAGAAAUGAUUAUAACUCUAUAGAAUGAAGAAAUAGGCUUGAAUACAGGUUUUAUUAGAAGAAUGAAGAACUAUGGUAAAAGAGAGAUACACAACACUCAAUAUAAUUGAUGUUUAAACAGUAUUGGAGACAGCAUAGCAAUGCUAUAGAUAAGGGUCAAGUAUUUUAUGUUAACCAUGGAGCAGUAGUUACACUUAUGAUAAAGAUCGUGUGUUUCUAUCACAUAGUGUACAUUACCAGAUGGUAAGGGCUUGAAGUAAAAUAGAUGAUUACAAUAAAACCCAGAUUGUCCCACUGAUAAGAGAUUUUCAUUCUUUAAUAAGCAUGAAUAUUUGAUAUUUCAAACUUUACCAGAAAGCAUAGAUAACAUCUACACUUACAUAAAAAUGGCCAACUGUAUUUUUAUUUUUAAUUUUUUUAUUACUACAAAUAAAAUCAAUUCCAUGUGUUUCAUAGAUGUAAUUAUAAGAACUUAAGGAUACUUCCCUCCUUCCCUGCCUUCCUCCUUCCUUCUUCUUCCUUUCCUUUUUUCAUUUAAUUUUUAUGAUAACAUCUUUUCAAUGUGUUUUUAUAAUCACAGGGUUAAGGAUUAGCUACAUGUAAUGUUCAACAAGUAAAAAGUAGAAAGAGCAUUGUUUCACAGGAUAUAGACAAGGGCUAUAAACAAAAAUUAUAGGAUGUCAAUUCCACUCAUUCAUAUUUUUUGUUUUUUUGUACUCUGCUAGCUAUCACAAAUUAGAGAAAAUAUGCAGUAUUUGUCUGUUUGGGUCUGGCUUAUAUCACUAAGCGCAAUGGUCUCCAGUUGCAUCCAUUUUGUUGCAAAAGACAUGGUUCCAGUCUUUUUAUGGCUGAGUAGUAU